CCUGGCAUCUCAUGGAAGGGAGCACUCAAGAGAAAACUUACGCUCUCUGGCUGUCCUAGCAUCUUCACCUAGGCCCAGUCAGAAUCCUCCCUCGGGUGGAGGAGCCGUCUGCCGGCUGCUGCGUAAGCCGUCGUCUGCGCAGACAUGAAGCCCUGCUGGGUCCUCUGGGAGCUUGUCUUGUGUCUGGUGGCUCCCUACUUGGAUCUGACCCACGAAUCGGCACCCCAGCAGGAAUGGACAUACGUGGUUCCACAACACUGUAACUGGCUGUGCUUCAAAUUUGAGGAGCAUGGCUGCCCUUCAAGGACCCCCAACUGCUCCACCUGCCGCCACGCAGUUGGAGGAUGGAACUGGAUUGAGGCCUGUUAUGAGAAGACCAUGGGGUACUUGAGGAGAACAAACGCUCUCUGGUGGCUGGGCAUCAACUUGGUGGGCGAGCUUGGGAAAGUGUGGAAGAAGACAUCAGAAGUUAUUUCCAGGCCCCUCCUGCACCAUUUUGAUUUUCACUGUGUGCCCUGUGCCAUCCUAGGGAACUCUGGCCUCAGUAAUACCAACCGAUUCUACAUGGCUAUCAGCUCUGAGGCAGAAUUGAGGAACCAAACCACAGGACCCUUCACCUGUCCCAGGAAUGAGAGUCACCAGGGCUACUGGAGGCAACAGUGGUUACUGCAGCUGUCUGAUCUAGUGCCCGGAGGGACAAGGUCACCCUCUCUGGGAUUUGGAUCAGAACAGCAGAGAAAGUGGUCCUAUUACCAACAGAAUGGGAAUCAGACCAAAGGCCCCAGAAACACCUGUGCGCAUGGACUAGAGAAGCAGAUAUAGAAGUUGCUUUUCAGCUAAAGUGGGCAGACAGAGCCACCAUUCACAAGGGACAACUGGCUGAGGCCUGAAUGCUGGAGUUUUAGGACAACAGCCACAUAAUGUGAAGAUAUUCAUGGGUGAAGAGGAAAAGAAAAUGGUGUGAGAUCAGUCUAGCACUGAAUAAAAUCUUGGUCUGGUUCUCUCACCAGGCACAGUAUCUGGGGAGGAAGGUCGGAUCUCAGGGGUAAUGAUUAUGUCUGGCUGGAUGCCAUCCAUCCACGUAUCUAGCUAUCGUCUAUUUGUUUUUCUUGGGCAGAACUGUACAAUGCAGGCCCAGGCUGACCUUGAUCUUAUGAUGUUCCUGUCUUAGCCUUCUGAGAGGUGGCAUUACAGGUGUGCAGGGUCCUUGCCCAGUGUUGUGUGGCAUUUUCCUACAAGACAAAGCCUUUCAUUUUGGAGGAAAGCACCUUAGGACACCAGAGGGAGCAAGCAGUGGUGUGCACACCCUCAA